UGUUCUCUAUCAUGUCCUAUGCGUUUGUUUUCCUCAACACCAUUGUUGGAAGCAUUCCAACCACUCUGCGCAGCCACACAAUGCUGGGGAGCCAGAACAAGUCACUGGAUUUACACGCGAAAUUCGCCAUCCACGC